AUUGACGUAAAUAAUUCUUAGCGCAUAGUAGUGUCAAAGACAUUGAUAAACCGCUUAACGUCUUUCCAGAACAUCUCGAAGGAAGCGCAAAUAGCCCAGAACACCUCUACAAACAUUCCUUCAUAAACAAGCUACGGCGCUGGUCCACAUAUAUUGAUCUUCGAAUAAGUUGAGUGGGACUUCAUCUCAAUCGGGUAAAAAUGCCGGAUCUGCACGAUUAAGAAGUGUUUUUAAAUACGCGAAGAAACUCGGGGGGCCCCACAGUUUUAGCAUGACAGCAGCAGAAAGGGCCGAAAACCAACUGACGCCCCAAACUCCAGUGUUGACUGUCGCCUGUCGAAUUCUCAGAUCUCCUUCACACGAAUCGGUGACAACGGACCUGUCUUUGUUUUCCGUGUCGUCGUCAGCUUCUGACGCCCAUGGAAGGAAGAUCCUGAGCUUUGGCAAAUGUGAUAAUGCGUUCAUAAGGGGACACAGUCCUAAUCCAGACCAUAAGGACCACAACAAGCAACCAGAUAUACCAGAAAUUCUGUGGUUCGAGGAAGAAACGGAAUUAAUAAGAAGUUGUGCCGCCCUUUCAUCUGCUGUAGGUCUACAAAAAAGUUUCAGUACUAGCGAUAUAAGUCAAUUGCCUUCUCCUGAAGAUGGUCCUAAUUUGCCUGGUAUUCGUAAUGCUGUCUCCGAGUUGGCCUUGAAUUCUCUACAAAGAUCUGGUUUUUUGUUGGAAAAUGCCAGAUUGGACUACACGUCCAGAUCUUGCUCAACAUGGGUUGCAGUAGGAGAUAUUGCGUCCACUUCACAGCUGCCUUCACCUCAUGGUGGUCACUCAAAUACAGCUUCCCACCAUGCGCAGACGAGUACUCCUCCUCCACCUGUUUUUACGGCGGCAGACUUCAUAAGAUCAGUGAACAAGAAGGUGAGGCAAAAUUACAUUAAGAGACGUUUGCUCACAACCUACAAGGCACUAGAGCGUCUAUCACAAAGUGAGUUCAAUUUAGAUCGAUUGGAAGUGGCCCCCUCGACAGCUGCAGCUAGUAUAGCAACAACUGAUUGCAGCCAAUCGAUGCACGUUGGAUCUUCGUCACGUUUGACGGUACCAGGUACUAGCCCUAUAUUGAAACCCCCAACUCCAACAAACAGUACUGAUGCAGCUAUGCUGAGAAUUGCCAAACAGAAAGCUAGUAAGAAUUUACCAUUAACGAUAAGAGAUGUUGAAAGAGAACGAGGAAAACCUCUGUCGAAGUAUGAAAGGAAUAUGAUGGUCUUCAACUGGCUUCACACAUUAGAUGACAAUGCCUUUCCAGUUGAGGGCAUACAGUGAUUAUUCGCCUAAUAUUUACAUUCUCUUAAGCAUUUAUUAUGAAACUAUGAAACUUAUUGCUCUUGGUGUGAUCUGAAACGAUAUUAAAGUUAUUGUCAAUGUUACUCCAUUGGAGAUGUUGUAUACUAAUAUACUCUCUAUCAUAUCAAUAAACAUGAACUUGUUUUACCUUUU